AGUCAAUCAUCCAGCCAAUCACUUUCUUUGUCUUGCAAUUUUCUGAGACAUAGGGCUAGUUAAUAUGAAGAUUUCGAUCUAAAGCAUGAUAAUGGCACUUGUGUGCAUAAUAUUUUCGGUUUUGUUUUCCUCUGUUUUUAUCGGACAAACGUUAUCUGCAGACUGCGGAACGACCACCCGCGGAUACGGAAAUUCCACCUAUUCUGAAACACCGUCCAACGAAGCAGCGAAGACCAUCUUAACCAGCGAGGACGGCUACUACCGGUUUGACUGUUGUGGUGCGAUCAAGAAGUGGACCUUUGUGGUGAAAACCGCGGCCACCGUCAAAUUCCAGGUGUGGCGAUUCAGCACCACCUAUACAGUGGUGGGGGAAAACACAUUCACUGUCCCAUCUGGAGCUGAAAAUGAAAUUAUUGAAUUUGAGGUCCCGGAGUCAGAGAGGAUCACAGUGAAACAAAAUGACGUUUUUGGUUGGCAAGGGGAUUACAUAGCCUAUAGCGACGGUUCCGGACACUAUCCAAAGGGAUUCCGGAUCCGGAACCAAGUGUUCAACGUCGGGGACACCUUCAAUUUUCAGGGAAUUGGAGUUGGGAACAAAAUCAAUAAUAGGGCUUAUGCGAUCACAGCUACGACCACAAACAGCGCCACUCCAUAUUUCUACAAUCUCCCGCAGACAAUACAUGUUUACGAUCACAUUGCGAUCGGGACAUCAGUCUUUGCAGUGUCUGCCAAGGACGACGACUCUGACUAUGACGGGAUUUCCUUAACACUUCCGACGCCAUCUUCUUAUUUUACACUAUCCACAGCUGAGCUGCAGACGUCUGCCUCGAUCAGCAGUCUGACGGGCACUACCCAGUCUCUGUCUGUCAAGGUGGAGGACUCGUGCGGCAAAUCAACGACCUCGACGCUAACUCUCAUUGUUAGAAAUCAGAUUCCGGUAAUUACAUCUCUUCCCACAACCUAUGAAAUACAAGAAACGCAUACAUCUUCCUCUCUCAUCCACACCCUGGGGGUAACAGAUGGGGAAGCUGUUACUUGUACAAUCACGAGCACUUCACCCGCUGGAGGCCCCUUUACCGCCAAAGAGAUAACGACGGGUUCAGGGAAUUAUGGAAUAUAUACCAAUGCUAACCCGAUGUUUGAUUACGACACGACCAAACGAUAUGACGUGCUGGUUCGGUGUAGUGAUGGCAAGGAUCACGACGUGGAACAGCUGGUGGUCAUUGUCAAAAAGAACGCCGUCCCAGACUUUACCAACCUGCCAAAGCACAUUGAAAAGGACCAGCAGACGACAUCGAAUAACGUCGUUCUGGACACGGUUUCUGUGACCGACACGGAUGGACUGACCUUUACUUACACCUGUGACCCCGCCUCUUGUCCAAUCAGCAUUGCAAGCAACGGGAAAAUAACGUCCACCUCGGCAUUUUCCACGGUUUUUACCCCUGGAUAUGACGUCAUAAUUGCAGCCAAUGAUGGACACACAACUGUUGGCGGGAAAUUGUGGAGUGUACAUGUCAAAGAUAUUAAUGACAGACCCCAAUUCAGCAAUGUGCAUGGUAGUUUGGGUGUAUUUGGUGUGGUGGAGAAUAGCCCGGUGGGCACCACCUUGUAUGUGGUCAGUGCCACAGACAUAGACGCCGGCGACACGCUGUCCUUCUCCUGGACUAGUUCUCCCACACUUGGGCUUUCGUUUUUCGAUUUGGAAUCCAGUACUGGAGUAAUCAAGACAAAGGCUAGCAUAGAUUACGAGACCAUGGCUUCCAAGAGUUUUAGCUUCACUAUUUCUGUCACCGAUAGCAAAGAUACCGCCACCGCCACCGUCACGAUCAACGUCAUUGACGUAAACGAGGCGCCCAGUUUCCAUCAGACGUCAUACAGUGUGACCGGUGAUGAGGACGUGGCUGGAACCAAAUUAUCCGCUCCUGGUUUGACAGUAAAUGAUCCUGACGCUGGAGACACUACGUUUUAUACUCUGGACUGCAAUGGUUACAACACCGGUUUCUUUGAAAUGGAUUCAUCGAACGGCGAUGUGUAUCUUGGUCGGGAUUUUGACCGCGAUGCAGGGCAUCCAGAAACUACCUCGUGUAACGUGACGGUCCGAGACAAGGGUGGACUAACAGACGUCAGUAGUCUGACCAUUACCAUUGAUGACGUCAACGACAAUACUCCGACAUUUGAAUCCCCAGUUUUCACCUUUUAUCUCGAUCCUUUGGACCCAAUAGGAACUCGUGUAGGUGACGUCACCCUUUCAGCCACUGACAAUGACGUCUCGGCUUCUUUCAGCGGUGUGACAUACAGUGUUGAUAUGUCAGCUUUUGGUAAUGAUUAUUUUGCCGUAGACGCGGAGGGAAAUAUAACUGUUAACAACGAUCUAUCAUCAAAAUUUUCACGACUGGAGAUCAUAGACUUCAAACUCAUUGCCAGAGAUUCCGGAGGCCUGUCUGCUACAUCCACCGUGUCUAUAAUAUUCCCAGGAACGACAACGACCACUACAACAACUACAGAGCGGCCAAAGGAAUUCUGGGAAGACCCGCUGACGGUCGUCUGGCUGGAGUUUGCGUUUGCGUUGCUAGCAGCUUUGAUUGUUUUUAUUGUCAUCGUGUCUAUCCGCCACUGUCCAAAGGGUUCAAAAGCUGAUCAGUCCAAGGGAAAUAAUACAUCACUCAAAGACACCAAAGACAAAGACAGAUUGAUGAAGAAACAACCAAAGUCAAAACUACGUUCUAUCAACCAUCUUCUGGGUGCUUUUUCCUCGGGAAACAAGUCUACAGAGAAUAACAAUGAAUCUAAGGACACGCAGAAAAAUCUAGUAAAUGAUGAAAAUGGGAUGGUCACAUUCAACGAUGAGAGACAUACAUGAUGCUAAUAAUCUGCUGUAUGGCUUGACUAUGCCAAAAAAAUUACUAAUGGACGUGCUCAAUAUCAUAGUUACACAGGAAUUAUCAGAAAUAUGCACUUGUGUCCAUCUAUUAUUUUUAUGUUUAAUUUUCAUCGUGCACUGCUCGCGUUUUUAAGCUUUAUUACACCUCGUAAUUAUUCUGAAACAUAAAUUGAAAAUAAACUAUUUAGGCAAACAAAUGCUAUUAUUUACGUACUGUUCAAACUUAAGUAUUUUAGAGCACACUGCUUUUACAACACGUCAUAUUUUCUUUAAAGUUUAGAAUCUUAGAAUUGUAUUAAUAUUCCACAGAACAAACACAUUACGAGGGGACAAGAGACGCGGUUUAGAGCCAGGCUUUGCCGAUAGCUAGUUCAAGACCACGCAUCUUGGCCCCGUGGUAAUAUUUCACUAUCUCACACAAUUUAAUUCUAGCAUUAUUUUACAUAACAGAUUAUGUCUGACAAAUUUUUGUUAUGAUGUUCCAAAAAUCGUAGAUCGAACUUAGUAAACGAUUUCGUGGUAUAUAUAGCGCUUUUAAAAACAAAAUAUUUUCAGUAUUAUACAAUAUUUAGUUAUAUUUACCUUUUCCAGUGUCUUUGUCUGUGAUAACAAUACGAACAAAUUUUGUAAUGUAUCGUCCAAUACAUCUAACCAAUGACUAUUUUAAAAUAUUUACAAUAGCUGAAAAUUACAUACGUAUAAGUAAUAAGAAAUCAUUCUUUGUAUAUUAUGAGGUUAUCAAAUACCGACGGAAGUGAUCAAAUCCAAUAAAGCUCGUAGGGCUUUAUGAUAAAUUUGAUUAUGCCUGACCAUAUUUGAUCACCUCUUCCUACCCAAAGAGCGCUUUCUUAUAUCCUAAAUAAUAUAUUCAAAGAAAGGCAAAUUAGUACAUAAUUACUUGGUUAAAUAGUCUUGAUUAUCUAACACGACAUCAAUAAAAUCUUUAGGUUUUCUGAAGGAUAUAUAUUAAAGAAAACAGUGAGCACGCAAUAAAAAGUUAUCAAUAUU